AUCAAACCAUCUCAAUUUUCAGACUGUCAAGCAGUUAUUCACUUUAGAAGAAAAUUCGUUCGUGUAUUUUUCAUAAAUUUUCAUAUUUUUAAAAAUUUUACAUCAAUUCCAAAAUGAGCACCAUUGCAUGUGAGUGCCACCUCUGGCAGCCGCAGCCAGUUGCCUGUUGUGGAGACUUUCUGUGCCCUCUUCCACCAGUGGGCUCCGUCCCUCACCCUUGUAACGGCAGCGGAAAGUCACGGGUAAAUGCAAUGAGGCAGCUGUUCGAGCGCAAAAUUGAAGUGACGGAAAAUCAACGCAGCUUAAAAGGAAAUAAUUCCGCCGGCUGCAAAAGUGCACCAAUAUUGAGAGGAAACAAUCAGCGAAGAUCCAUUGAAGAGCGUGAUGUACCAAAGACGACGGAGCAAAUUAACGUAGCCAUUCCAGAUUCGACCCGAUUCUAUCGGAGCCACACGAAAGUUGUCAGCAUUCCAAAUGGAGUGAAGAUCAUCACGACGAUUUUGGCUGAAGAUAACCUUUUGGCAGAGGAUGGUUGUGGCACUGUGUAUGAAACUUUGAUCUACCCGGAGAGUGAAAUAAUUAGGCAAUUUGAAAAAGAUAUAAAACGCACAAAAGCAUAGUUGUAGAUUGUGCUGCACACUUCAAUUUCAAAAUAAAUCGUACAAAGAAUGCGGAAA